AUGGGGCUGAAUGCUGAUAUUUUACACAGCGUGUCUCAAAGGGAGUUUACUACCUAUGCUGAGUGUUUGAGGCAAUGCUAUGUUGCUGAGAACACAUUGAAGAGAGUCCAAGAUGAAAGAGAACAGAAUAAGCCAGUUCGUAGGGAACAAGGAAGGUCGGGACAGCAUUUGAAACCCGGCAAUUCUCCAGCUAUGAAGAAACAGGUCUAUGGAGAUCGCUCUACUCAGCCUCCCCGAUGUGGUAGAUGCAAGGCAAACCACUUUGGGAAUUGCAAGCCAGAUCUUGUGAAAUUUUAUAAGUGCAAUCAGUUGGGACAUUUUGCAACGGAGUGUACAGCCCCAGAUGUUCCUGAAAAGACUAAAGGUCGUGUUUACACCUUGGACGCUAGGAAGGCUCAAGGAAACACCAAUCUUGUUGCUGGUACGUGUUAUGUCAAUAAUCAACCCUUGUUUGUGCUAGUUGAUUGUGGGGCGACACAUUCUUUUAUUUCUUAUCCUUGUGUGCGGAGGCUCGGUUUUGAGACGAGUCUUCUUCCUAAUCCUAUGUUUAUCUCAUCGGCUACGGACGAUAUGGUAAAAGCUCGGGAAAUUUGCAAGGAGUGUUCUAUUACCUUCAAUGGUCGUAGAUUCGUGAUUGAUCUCAUUUGUCUACCUCUUAAGAAGAUCGAUGUAGUACUUGGUAUGGACUGGUUGUCACCUAACUCAGUGUACAUCGGUUGUAAAGAGAAGGCUAUCUUCAUUCCUGCUGAGGAGACUACACCAACCGAUGCCAUUGAACGUCUUCUUGAAGGUACAGUUAACAUGCUCAAUUACCUUUUUGCUCAAGAGAAGUCUUUCCUUUUGGUUCAUACGUCGGACUCCAAAGAUAAGAGGAGUAUUUUGGAGAUUCCGGUUGUGUGUGAAUUUUCCGAUGUAUUUCCGGAGGAUGUUACUUCUCUUCCGUCGGAGAGGGACGUUGAAUUCUCUAUUGAUCUUGUUCCGGGUACCGCUCCAGUUUCGACCGCCCCUUAUAGGAUGUCUCCUGCAGAGCUAAGAGAGUUGAAGGUAUUGAUUCAUAUAUCACUCACAUUCCCAAAAUCCCAAUUGAACCCUCACAUGCAAAACCCCAAGGUCACUAACUAUGGACUCACCUUAGGAGGAGAUGAAGAUGAUAAAGAUGGAGCUGAGAGCAGAAAUCAGAUGAUAGAGGUGAAGCUUGGAUGGAUUCUGUUGCAUGCAAGGAUAGAGCUUUAA